AUGUCCAACUACGGCUUGCCUGGUGGCAGCGGCUCCGCCGAUCAAGAGGCGGCAAAUCCAGAAUUCGAAUCGCUGCUUGCCCAGCUUCGCCUGCAGUCGGCGCCCAGUCCCGGCCCUGGCCCAACCUCGGGCUCCGAUUUUCACGGCGGCCAGUUCAACUACAACCACGGCGGCCAGCAAUUCUACGGCCACCGCUCGAACCCCGACUCUCCCAAUAUCCCGAGUCAUGCGCAGAACGUCGCAGAUUCGCCCGCCUUCUUGCCCGUAGCUCCCACACCGCCAGUUGGAUUUUCCCAGUCCCAAUUCCCUCCCGGCUUCAUGAAUCAGAUGGGCGGUCUUCGUACUGGUGGCAGCGGAGGAGGGACAGGAGACGAUCGGACCGCGCAUUUGCUCAACCUGCUCAAGUUUAGCGGGCAGAGCGGUCCACCGACCAGCCACCAAUCGUCGACUCGAGAGCCGCCGAUGAACUUUGCUGCGCCAGCGCCAAUUGCGCCUCCCGUCAUCCACGCGCCCGCGCCAGCAGCUGCCGAUCCCACGGGCCUUCUCGCUGCUCUUAUGAAGGGCAACGUGCAGCCGGAGCCGGCGAAGCCGGAGUCGACGUGGAACCAGGCUUCGCCCCCGUCGGACACGCAGCAAUACCUGCUCAACCUCCUCAACAGGCCGAAGCCCAGCCAGCACGACGCGGCCGAUUUCGCGGAAUCCAACCUGCUUGCUCCGGCGCCUGCCGAGGACGAUACCAAAGAUGCCGAAAGCUCACAUGGCCGUCGGUCUGUCGAGGCAACCCUGGUGGACACGCUAGCAUCGCGAUCUGAGUUUGACUUUGAGCACAAGAACGCGGGUUCUCCUCCCCCGAAGUUUGACUCGACCCCUCCUUCCCAACAUUCUCAUCAGUCGAGCUCGAGGCAGGGUGCUCUUGGCUAUCCGGAGCAUUUCGAAAGUGUUACGGGCUCCUCCCCUAUCCAUAGGACACCGAAAUCUUCCACUACACCCGGAGCUUCCCAACCCGCUCACGGCCCGGUCCAGAUUCUAAAAAAGCCCGACUCUGCUCACUCGUCCCAUGAUAAGAAGCGCCCAGUCAGCGAUCGUGGCGCUAUCGAUGACAGCCCUGACCACGUCAGGCGUAAGCUGGAGCACACUGCCUCCCCGCUUUCCCAGUUCAGCCUUGCCGCGCCCACUCAUGCCAGUGCUUCCCCCACCGCUGCCAUUUCGUCCAAUCUAGCUCCUGUCACUGGGCGCCUGCUCAGCCAAGACAAGAAGGAGAGUGUUGCGGACGCGGUCGGCGGACUCGCAGAACAGGCCGACAGAGAAGCCAGAGAGGCUCUGGCACGUGCCGAACAGGAGCAAUCGCGGGCUGAGCCUGUCUCGGAGCAGAUCACAAGUGCUGGGAAGCACGAAGAGUUUGCGCCGUCUGCUACAGCCGCUUCUCCUACCACCAAGAAGGAGUUCGCCGAGGAAGAGGAUAACACGUACGUGCACUACUCGCCCGCUCGCGAGAAUGCCCAGGAAGCUAGGGACAGUGGGUACUACACAGCCCAGACGGCGCAGGGGCCGGUGGCCGACAGCUGGGAGAGCGCCGAGGCAGAGGAGAUCGUUGUGAUCGAGGAGACGGCCGCGCCCAUCAAAGUCUACAACUUCCCCAUGAAGCCCUGGAUCACCAUCAACCUGCAGGAGAUUGACGAGGCACGCCCUGUGUUCCGCGAAGAUGCCAUCCUCGACAUUGCCCGCCUCAAGAAAGACUUUGACCAGGUCGACCGUAACCUCGUUUCGGCCUCUGAGACUUACAUGGCGUAUGGCAUGUCCAAGGCCGGCGGACUGCGGGUGGUUAGACAGGAGGACGGCAAGGAUGCGAAGCUCUUUACCGACACCAAGGAUCGGAUCUUCAACGUUGCCAUCUCGUCCUCUCCGACCCACCACCACCAUGCCAAGGAGGCCAUUAUCGGUACGGGAGUCAGCGGGACGGUGUACUGGGUCCAGCUCAAGAAUGGUGACCUGGACCACCUGGAGGACGCGCAUCCGGAGCAGUACGGCUUCGCACUGCCUCCAAUCUCGGCUCAGGAGGGUGGUGACGCUCCCGGAGGCGUUCUUAAGACACGCGCCCGGCCGUCGUCUAUGCAUCCAGACUUCUUCGCUGUCGGCAGGGGCAAGUCGAUCAACAUCAUCUGGCCUUCCUUCAUCUUUGAGCACAACCUCUUCAAGGAUAGCCAUGACCGUGUCGUCGACACCGAGAAGAUGCUGAAGCAGUGCUCAUUGAAGAUCAACACCGGCAAGGCCGGCAAAGACUUCAUUUUCAGCCAUGACGAUACGCUCGUCGUCUCGUUGGACAAGUCAGGGCGGGUCAAGUUCUGGGAUGUCCGAGACCUGACGGCGGUCAAGGAGGAUUCGGAUCCCCUGAAUCCCAUGCCUGCGCGGACGUCUCACGAGAUCAAGGAGGCGCUCAUGACCUUAACGACAACGCCCGAGGGCGAAAAGGCAUGGCCCACGUCAGUGUUGCUGCUGGAUAAGUUCCUACCGUACCAGAAAGGUACCGCUCUGAGGUACAUGAUCGUCGGCAUGAAGCAGAACCACACUCUCCAGCUCUGGGAUCUCGCGUUGGGCAAGCCGGUGCAGGAGUUCAACUUCCCGCACAACAAAGAGUCGGAUGCCGUCUGCAGUGUCAUGUACCAUGCGCAAUCCAGCAUGAUUAUCGUCGGACACCCAACGCGCAACUCCGUAUACUUCCUGCACCUCUCGGCGCCCAAGUACACACUCAAGAACAUGUCGCAAGUGGACUACAUCCAGCGUCUCGUUGCUCAGGACCCGACCAUUCCGCAGCCCGAGCUUACUGCCGCGAUUGGCGGCAUCCGGGAAUACUCAUUCGCCAACAAGGGCGUGCUCCGUAGCCUCAACAUUCUGGAUAAUCCCGCCGCCGCUGCUGACGGCGAUGAGCCGACACUCUUCGAGCUGUACGCCAUGCACUCGAAGGGUGUCACCUGCUUGUUCAUCAAGCACUCGGAGCUGGGCUGGACCAAGGACAACAAGGUGAUUGCGCCCGCGGAUGCCGUCGAGGCUGGUCUUGCCAAGAUAUCGAAGCUCAAUCCGCCUCCGGUGCAAACCGUCGAAACACUGUCCAAUCCUCCCCUCCCCACAAAUGAUCCGAGCGCGACUCCACAGAUCCGGAUCGCCGCCCGUGGCGCCAAAGACGCUGCGCUCAAGAUCCCAUCUCCCCAGGGCGAUGACAAGAGAGGUCCGGACUCUACGGCGCUGCCCAGGCUCGAACGCAAAGAUGCGGUUGAGACGCCCGGGCCCGCGCCAGAGAAGACCGAGAAGAACCGCCGUAAAAAGAGGGCCGCCGCCACCGACCGGGGAGAGCACGGUCCUUCAACAGACGUCACUCGGGCGAAUUCGCAGAACAAGGCUAACAAAGUUGCACGCAAUACCGACACUGCUGCAGAGUUCUCCUUUGGCACCACCUCGAUUUCGCAAGAGCAGCUUGAUGCCGUGGUCACGAAAAUGGAAUCGCGCAUCAUCUCCAAUGUCACGAGUCGCUUUGACGCCGUGUUCAAGGACGUUCUGGGGCAAAUACAGAAGUUCCAGGACAGCCGCGACUCGGCCUUUGCAAGCAACCAGUCCACGCUGCUGCAGAUGGUGGCGGAUGUGCUGAAUGAGAACACCGAGUCUGUGCUGAAGAACCUCAUCAUUGCUCAGAUCAACAACAGCGUCAUUCCCUCGGUCGGCAGCGCCAUUGACAAGUCGGUCUCGGAGCAGCUGGGCACCAAGUCGGGCGCCCAACCGAACGCGCUCCAAAAGGGGAUCCAGAGGCUUCUGCCCAGCGCCAUCAGCCAGGCGCUGCUAAAGCCUGAGGUCGUGAAGCCAAUUUCGGACCAGGUCUCCCACAGCGUCAAUGCUCAGAUUGAAGCGCAGAUCACCAGGUCUCUCAACGCACUCACCCCUGCGGUCGCCAAGACGGCGGCUCAGACUGUGCACCAGCGCAUCGUCGAGGAUGUCAAUUCGCGAAUCGGCGAGGCUUUUGCACAGCUGGAAGAGCGACGGCGAAGCGAAGAUGCCAAGCUCGACAGGCUCCUUACUCAAACACAGGAUCUCACUAAUGCCAUCUCCGCCUUGGCCACCUCUCAGUCGCAGGUCCAGAAAGAGCUGGCCGCCCUGAAGCAACAGGUCAACGAGCAGGCGCGCGAGAAGGCCAUGGUUGCCGAAGAACAGGUGCGCGGGCAUGCUCAUUCUUACAGCGGUUCUGGCUCCCACGGCCAGCCCGGCAGCGCUUCUCGGGAACUGGUCAGCUACCCUCCUCCUCAGCAACACCGCCAGCACCAACUGCAGCACCAGCACAACCAGCAUAACCAGCACCAGGCUCUUGCGGCCCUUCCACAUGCCGCCCAAGCCUCGUACCCGCACCAGCCCCAACAUCAAUUCGGCAGCCAGGAAGGCCAGGUCGUUUUUGCACCAAUUAAGAGUCGUGAAGAGCGUCAGAAGCUGGAGCUGGACCACUUGAUCGAGACCAUUGACGAGCUCAUGCGGUCGCGCAACUACGAUGAAGCGAUGCUGCGCUGGUUGCAGUCGGGCGAUAAGACCGAGGAGAUCUUCCAACGGGUGCUGGCCGACUACAACCCGAUGUUCGUCCAGGAGCUGCCGCCUCUCCUCUUGCUGUCGGUCGGGGCCACCGUCUCUGUGGAUAUAAGCCGCAGCUCGCAGAAACUGCUGAAAAAGGUCAACUUCUUGGAGGUCGUGAUCUAUGCCUUCAACGAGAAUCUCGGGAACCUGGAUGAUCAAGUCCGCGAGGUCACGCCGAAGAUUAUGAAUCUCCUGAAGACUCGGAUUGAGGGGCUCUUCCUCGAGAUCAGCCGGAUCGCACCGCACGACCCAGCCUUGAAGACGCUCUCCAACCUGAGCCAAGUUGCCAACCGCAUCGCUGAGAGUGUGCAGAUGCGGCACGCUCCGAUGCACGCGCCUGGCCACAUGGGCGCCCCGUACUAA